AUGAGGUCGAUACCAGAUACCGGUCACAAACCCUCGCCCGCGCCUCUCGACUCCCCCACGACCUUCUUCCUGUCCCGCAAUCCGCAUGUCUCGGAACUGGAGCCGAGUCUCGUGCUAGGGCCCGACGAUACCAAAGAGAGCAUGUACGGGGUACAUAGCCUGGAAGAGACCUGCCAUUCCAUCUUCCCUGGCGAGACUCCCGACAGCCCCCAACUGCCCGAUGAGUUGGAACCGCACACACGCCGCCGGUCGACACUGAAGGCGGAUCCAGCCCGCUCGGGGCAGACCUCCCCGGGGGUCUCCCGGCCCUUAACUCCGUUCGCUCUAGGCCUCCCCGACGAGCCCUCGUCACUUCCAAGCAGUCCAAAAUCAAUAACGAAUCAAUCCCUACGGCCACUCGACGAUAUAUCCAUCACGGAUGAACUCGAAAGCCAAGCCAUCGGAUCGGGAGAUGAGGAGGCAAAGGGAUCCCCACGAAUGGCAAGUGGGGCGUCCCAGCUUAUCAUGCCAAGUAUCAAAAUGCCCAGUCGCCGCCCGUUCACCGAGCGUGGCCAAGCCAUGGGUCGAUUCAAACUUCUUUUGGCGGGGGCCCCUGGUAAGUUCACGCGAGAGAACAUGACUGGUGGACAGGAGCUAAUCUCGAAUUUCGGGGGCAAAACAGGUUCGGGCAAAACCGCUUUGAUCAAGGCCAUCGUGCAAACAUGUGAAGAUAUCGUUCAUGUCGACACGAUCCCGGUGAACUCGUUGGAGCGUCGCAGGCCGUCUCAUUCGGCAUCCCGAACUGCGACAACCGAAAUUUAUGCUAGCACGAAACCUUAUCCAUCCUGGUGGUCGGAUUUGGAAGAUUCGCGUGUGCUCAAGCGCCGGAAGAGUAUCGGGGAAAUUGUCCUCGAAAGGAACCUUUGUUUCGUCGACACCCCCAGAUCCAGUUUAAGUCGCGCGGGUCAAACCGACGCUACUGCGCAAUACAUGUACCACCAAUUUGUUCGCGCCACUAAUGCGCUUCAUGGUUUGAAUGUCGAUUUCCAAAAUCUCCUAGCCGGAAACGGUGGAUCCCAGGUGGAUGCCAUAUUGUACUUGAUUUCCCAUGACACCCUAUCUACAGACGUGGAAUGCAUCCGCAAGCUCAGCGAGCUGAGCAAUGUAAUCCCCAUAAUACCCAAAGCAGACACACUCACCCCAAUCCAAAUCAGCACCCUAAAACUUCACUUCCAUGAGAAAUCCCGAGAAGCCGGGAUUAAACCCUUCCUUUUUGGCCUAAAUGAGGCCAGCAUAGACUUCCAGCCCCCAUACGCCGUCUCCUCGGCCAAGGGCUCCGAUCCAGAAACAAUGGACGCAAGCAUCCUAAUGAGCCCAGACUACGUCCAACCCCUCAUCCCCUCUGAAUUAAACACCCUGGUCGACCAGAUCUUCGAUCGUGACAAUCUAGCUUGGCUCCGCCAUUCCGCUGCAAAGAAGCUUCUACAACGCGCCUCUGCUCUCCAACCUUCUAUCCCCAGCACCCCCGCCCCACCCGGUGGGUCCAAUGCUUUCUGGCAGGCCGUCUCGGCUGCUUCUCCACCCAGCUAUGCCAUGGCCCGCAUCACAGACUACACUCGCAAUGAGGACCGCAUGGCGCAGGUUCGUCUCGCGCAGUGGGCGACCGAUCUCCAGCGCAGCCUGCAGAAUGAGCGCGAGCGCUACGCGGAGCUAGCGCGCGGCGAGCGUGCCGUGUGGCUGACAGAAAAGCUAGGCGAGUGCGUGGUCGAUGGGUCGCUUGUGCCGCUUUCGCAAACGCCGGGCUUUGGGUUGCGGGAGAAGAGCCUGCGGUCACAUUCGUAUCGGUUUGGAAUUAGUCCUCAGGAUCCGCUUGGGGUGGUUGGUUGGGUUGAUGAUUUGGGGAGGAGGAGCUGGGUGCUUGUCCAGAUCGUUGGGAGUGUCGGCGUUGUGGGUGGGUUGGCACUUUGGCUAGCGCGUACUUGGGGUCUGCCGACGCGCAGCUUGACGGAUAUGCGGGUGGACUACUGGUGUAGUCUGGACCGGUGA